AUGAUGCGCGCCGCGGCGCUGCUGCUGCUGGCCGCGACGGCCGACGGCUUCCUGCACGGUAAGACCGCGAACAAACCGCUGCUGCGCGCCACCGAGUCGUUCGAGAACCCGGUGCCGCUCCUCCAGGAGGCCAUCGACCGCGCGCCGCAGUUCGACGAGGGCCGGUCCGUCGUCUUCGGCGUGCUCUCCACGGAGGUCGCGGACGCGCCCGCGCCGGCCGAGCAGGCGCGGCGGCGCGAGCUCGCCGCGGCCUCUUUGACGAACAUCGACGACGCCGAGCGCGACCGGCGCGGCGCCGUCGCCGUCGUCGGCGGCGCGGCGACGCUCGCCUACGCGGCGUCGCUCGUAGCGAACCACGCGAGCUUCGCGGGGCGGUUGAGCGUGUUCCCGCUCCUCGCGCUGAGCCUGGGCUACUACGAGAGCAAGAAGGAGGGCUUGUGAAACAUCGCCCAGUCCGGCCUCUGGGACGUGACUGGGAACGGCAUGGAGAAGAUCGCCGACGCGAAGCUCGCGCGCGCGCUCCUCGACAAGGUCAACGAUUUCAACGUGAAGACGGGGCUCAAGGGCGUCGCUUUCACGCUCGCCUUCGCGGCGACGGCGUUCUUCGACGUG